AUGGCACAAACGUUGACAAGAAAGCCAAUGAAGAAAACCUCUAAAUCAAGUAUUAAAUCUCUUCCUAAUGAUCUGCUAACGGAACUGUUUGUUCGCGUUGGAUCGAGCUCCAUCAAUGAUCUCUAUAAUGUUAAAUUGAGUUGUAAAGAAUUUCGUGAAGCUGUUGAUGAUGAUUAUAUAUACGAGUUUGCUUCAAUGGAAAAACUUCCUAUGAUUGCGUGGCGUGCAAGCGACGGAGCGGCGUUGUUCUUCGAACGCUGCAAGAGCAGUGGCAAUGCGGAGGCUUUUUACAGGCUAGGAAUGGUUGAAUAUUUCGGUGAUGGAAGCCAUGAAUCGGGGCUCGAGAAUUUGAAGAAAGCAGUGGCGAAAGGUCACAAGGAAGCAACGUAUGUAUAUGGGAUAAUCUUGUUAUGUGAAGGAGGUGAGUCGAAAGAAAAAGGAAUGGAGCUUCUGUGUUCUAUGAAAAACGAAAAGUCUUUGAAAGGUUCGAGUCUUGCAGCACGAAGGGAAAGAAUCAAGGCUGCACUUUAUCGCUUGUGGAAGAUUAACACUAAACUUGUUCCGAAAGAAGAGUUAGGGUGCCAUAGAUUGACAUGCUUGGACGCAAGAGCAGCAAAAGGGUAUGGGUGGCCAUUGAUGGGUGAUGAAGAAGAUCGCAUGGCUUGUAACCUUUGUCGAUGGGAAUACCAAGUUAGGCAAUUCUAUAAACAAAUACUAUUUUCACAAAGCAAGCAAGAUCGACACAUAGAUCUCGUGAUCAUUCAAUAUCGAGCAUGGAAAGAUAUAUACCACAGGAAAGGAGACGAACAAGCCCUGGAAAAUCGACUUUGA